AAAUUUGUUUACAAAUAAUUUUCAAUUUUGAAAACUAUAUUUCAUAUUUCUAUCUAUUUAUUUGCUAAAAUCAUUAAAUAAAUAUUUUUCAUUUCUAUUAAAAAAAUGUCCGAGCAAAAUAUUAAAUGGCCAAGUGAUCGUAUUGCCCAAGGUGGCAUAUUUCAUGUUCCAAAAGUUGAAUAUAGCAAAGAAACUAGUGAUUUGCUUAAAAUGCUAAUGGAAGAAUCCAAACUAAGUAUGCAAAUAAGAAAGCAAAUCAACUAUCAUUUGCGUAAUGGUAAUCCAUUGCCACCACCUCUUCCAACUAAAAGCGCUCCCAAAAACAUGGAUGACAAUUCAAGGGCUCUCUAUAUAAUCCAUAGAGCUCAUGCUGCUAAAAGGAAGAGCCUCAAUGCUAUAGUUGCUAGUGGGGCUUAUGAAAUGCCAAGAUAUCGCCCAAAUCCAGAUGGGAAGGUACCUUCGAACAAGGCCAAACUUAAGUUGCAAGAAGUAAUGAGUGGUAUUCGACAAUCUGAAAGUUGUCUGAAACCGAAAAAACGACCUGGGUUAUUAGAGGAACAAGAGUAUGACCCAGAAGAGCUAAUAAAUGAAUUACUUGAUCAAAUCAGCGAGCGUGCUGAUUGGUUAGCUGAAAUGGAAGAACUAGGAGAAGGCAAAAAAUAUCGUGAAGAUAUAAAAUCUCAAAUAGCAGAUCGUUUAAGAAAAAUCAAAUCGCUUGAGAAGCAAGUGGAGCUCAAAAGACAAGGGUGUCGAUUUAUCGAAUAAAAAAAAAUUAUUUUAAAAAUUUAAAUUGUAAACUCUUAUAAUUAAAUUUUUUAACUACAUA